AUGGAUGUGGCGGAUAGUGGUGGCGGUGUCCGCGGGCGCGAGCGGAGAUGGAAGGGGAAGGCCGCGAGCUCGGCGGCGGAGAAGCAGCAGCAGCAGCAGCUGGCGCCGGUUUUAGAAGACGCGCCGGCGGCCGCAUUGCUCCCGCCGCUGAAGAAGAUGCGGAGCCCCGACUGCCGCCUCCGCCGCUCCGUGUCCUCGCUGUCGUCGGCUCCUGCUUCCCCUGACUCCUCCUCUGUUUCCAACCCCCUCUCGCCGCCCGCGACGUCCUUGCCGCCCCACGUGUCGUCGACGCGGCAGAUACUCCCGUUCGCGUACGAUCCGUCCCCCGCGGCGGCACCGAGGCUCCUGCAGCUGUUGCGGUACUCCUCCAGCUUGUACCAGCAACCCAUGCUGCCGCAGCAGCUCCAGCAGCAGCAGCAGCAGCACACACCUUCUCAGCAUCCGCAGAUGAUAUCCUUCGGCGAUGCCCAGCAGCAGCAGCAGUUGGAGGCGGCGGCGGCCUUGAUCCCGCCGCACUACAUGGCGCCGGAGGCGCUGCGCUACUGGAGCGCGGCCCUGAACCUGAGUCCGCGAGGCGUGCUUGGCGGGGUCGUGCCGCCAGCGCUGUACCAGCACCUGCUGCGGCCGCCUGGCCCGGCCAAGCUGUACCGCGGCGUGCGCCAGCGUCACUGGGGAAAGUGGGUGGCGGAGAUCCGCCUGCCGCGGAACCGCACGCGCAUGUGGCUCGGCACCUUCGACACCGCCGAGGACGCCGCCAUGGCGUACGAUCGCGAGGCCUUCAAGCUGCGCGGCGAGAACGCGCGGCUCAACUUCCCCGACCUCUUUCUCGGCAAAGGCCGCUCCGGCGGCAGCGGCCGCACCAGCGCCAGCGCCGCGGCGUCGGCCUCCUCCUCCUCCACGUCCGCUCCGCCGACGCCGGACGAGACCCAUGCGCAGCAAGCUCAGCUGCUGCUCCAGCGUGAACAGCAGCAGCAACACACGGACGAGCAAGCGAACAUUAGACAGAAACCUCUGCUCUCCGCAGCAGAGCAGGGCGGCCUCCCGGAACCAGAGCAAAAUCCUCAGCUCCAGAACGCAGAGCAACAAUGCAGCGACGGCAGCACGGCCAUGAUGCAGCAGGCUCCAGUGACCCCCGGCGGCGUCUGGGGCCCCGCCGACGACGCAUGGUUCAGCGCGUGGGGCCCGGGCAGCUCUGUCUGGGACUACGACAUGGACAGCGCCCACGGCCUCUUACUCCAGUCUCGCUUCGCCGGUGAUCAGGCCGGCAUGGAUUACGUCCCCACUGCGCCGGAAGCCCACGUGGCACCGGCGGCAGGGACAGGCACGGCCUGUGCCGCUCCCCCUUCUCCUCUCCCUCCUCGUCCUCCCUUCAUGUGGAAGGACUAG